AGCAAGAAUCACACUGCACUGCUGUUACUGUUUAAUGCCUGCAUUUUCUUUAUAAUUCUUAGCUACCCACAGUUUCCUGACUUCCUGUAUCUUGUCGUGCACAGUAGGUAUGUGUGUGAAGAGCAGGACCGUAGUGUUGCUGGCUUUCAAUGCAAGCUGAAUGCCAGUCGGACACUUCAUUUUAAAUUGCCGUAACGAGAGAUGGAGUUUGCUUGCAGUCACGUUGUGUGUAACUGGAGGUCUGAGAGUUUAACAGAAGAGGAAGCUAAAAUCUCAAAUCAAGGUAUUACCUCCACUCUUCCCUGUGGUCUGUCUCGAGCGCAUUCUGUCUCAGAUCAUCCUUACGACAACCGUGUAACCUUCACCCCGAAACCAGCUCCAUCGUUGGUUCCACCACCUGUGCCGCCCCGUAACAUACAGCAUGGAAAGAGUCUGACUAGCUCUCUUCCACCACCCGUGCCACCAAGAGGUCUGGAGAAUAAUGGAGAGACUCAACUUAAAGCGAAUGUAAACGUAGUGUCGCUAAAAGUAGGAAGCCUUGUGGACAUUACUAAAGCAUCUGCUAUACAGAGCACCCAGAAACCAGUGCAUUGUGGGAAAUGCAGUGCCGUCAUGUCCUCUGCAAGCAGCCCUGAGACACACCAAACAACAAUAAUUUGGAGAUGUGAGUUUUGCGGGAAGGAGAACGUUUAUUCGCUGGCGGCACUAACGGCGGGACGGUUUCCCUUGCGCUCUCCUCCAGGCAGGGAUAUACUUUACAUGGACGACAACGGGGAUAUGGAGUAUGAGAAUCUAGACGACAUGCUGAUUGUGCUGUGCGUGGACACUUCCGGAAGUAUGAGUGUCACUUCUGAGAUCUCUCCAGGUAACAGCAUGCGAUCACCCACAUAUAUUUCACGACUGCAGGGAGUCCAAGAAGCUCUUCAGAUGGUGCUGUCCACCCUGCAGAAAACCUCACCUCAUCGAAGACUGGCACUGGUGACUUUUAACAAUGAGGUAACGAUGUAUGGUGACGGUACAGGGGUUCCUCUCACCCUGAGAGACUGGGCGCUGGUGGACUAUGACUAUCUGAAGAAGGAGGGAGAGAACUACCGAACGCCUCACUGCAUUGCGGAGACUAUCCAGCCUCUCACACAGAAAAUCAAAGAGUGAGUGGAACGUUCUCCACCUGUUGUUUGUAUGUCUGUC